GAGGCCAGCCUGCUGCGAUACUAUCUUUCCUCUGGCUUCACUCCUCCCACCUGUCACGACAAGCAGGAGUGAGAGCCUAGCUGCUCUCAGUCGGAGAGACGCUGGACUGCGCGUUUGGCACGCUGAGGUUUAAUCUGACCUGCUGUAACUGUGGACUGAUUUUGGACGUGGUUUUCACGGAUAUAUACUGUGACACCGACAGGCACGAGCCGAGGCAGAGCUCUGGACUCGGUCAGGGAUAAACAAACAGUCAGGAAGAAAUUACACUGGAAUUAGAGUGGAGACGCCAGCAGAGCAGUAGUGCGGUAUGAUUGGCCGUAACUGGGAUAUCGCUCUGGCAGUUUGCCUGUCCUUCAUGGUCGCAGGAGUCGACAACCUCUCAAAUGAACUGCCUGAACCAGAAAACUUUAUUCUGUCACGGAACCCUGACCAUUUCUCAGUAACUGCUGAGUGGAGUGAGCCCACUAGUUUGGACGAUUGUAAAGUAAACUACACGCUUGACUUAAUUUUCGAGAAAUGUCCUCCCAGCAGCACUGAACCAAAACUGAGUGAAGAAUCACGGCAAACAGUUCAUUUAAAAUACACAUGGUACGUUUCUAAUGAGAGAGAGAUAUGCGUCUGGGUAAGGACAAACCCUGUGCAGUGUGGAAACAGGACACCCAGCAAAGCAGUGUAUAAAGGCAUCUCCCCACCUCUGGCUUUAGUGAAGAACUUCACUUGUGUUUAUUACUCUGAUAUGAAGAUGAACUGCACCUGGAGUGUAAUCAGCCAGGUCCCUGAUCUCCAGCUCUUCUACAGAAAUGAAGAGGGAGACCACCUAAAGCCUUGUAGCUCAUAUUUCACCAAAGAAGACAUGAAGAUAGGCUGUCACCUAGACAAGAUAAACUUCACAUCUCAGCAAACGUUCUUCAUCAUCACUGGAACUGUAAAAGGUUCCAGAAUUUCAAACACCUUUAAGAGAGCACCACGUGAUUCAGUGAAACCAGAACCACCAAAGCUCAGCAUCACAAGGGACGGUAACCAUCUCUAUCUUCAAUCAGACACUCCAAAUUUUGCACCACAAUGUUGGAAAUACAAGUUUACGUACAGCAAAUGCAACGAGGAGAAACAAGUAGUUGUUGAAGCAGAAAAGAAGCCAUCAUUACUUUUGGAAUACGACGCAGCCUGCAGAUACGAAGCUCAAGUGCAGACCAUUUUCACUGAUUACUGUGGGAAAGUGACACAGAGUGAUCCGAGUGGCUAUGAGUUUUAUGGUGAGAGUACAGAUCUAAACAGUCAGUUUAAGGUUGCUAUGAUAGUCUUUCCUUUAAUGGUGUCCUGCUGUCUCAUUGUGGCUCUGGUGUUAUUUAGAAGGUACAAGGAUAUCAUUCUCCCAACAAUUCCAGAACCAUCAUUAUUGUUCAAGGAUAUGCUUAACAGUAAUAAUGAUGGAGGCCAGUCGAAGAGCCUCUAUGUGCCUAUUACAGAGGUCGUUGAGAGAGACGUCCGGUUGGAGCCAAAGCCUACAUCAUUACACCUCAAACCAUGACAGCUGUUUGUAAAUCACACAAUGAUGGAAUGAUGACCAGUAAUGGAUUUACAGCAGGUAACCAAGUCUAAGGCCAGUGAAUAAGACUGUGAUCACUUCUACAGGGCAUUUUGUUUUGUGCACUGCUACUAGCGAUAUCCUUUCUUCUUGCAUGGCAAAGGAUGGCCUUGCGUUCAGACGUAUAUUAGAGGAAACAUAAAAUUUAUGGGACUGGUAUUCAUUCUGUAGCUGUACAUGUAUAAAGAAAGACAUCAGUGUGUCCUCUAUUUAGUGAGUGAGUGAGUGGAAUGCUCUCAACAAUCUGUGAAGACAUGUGCUGGUUAUGCGUGUCUUGAGUACAUCCACUAACACAGAGGUUCCCAGUCCCCGUUCUGAGGACCCCACACCGUGCACAUAUUUGUGCAUUCCCUCAUCUAUCAUCUGAUUCAACUCAACAAAAUAACAAGCUCCUCAUGUGCUUGAGUCAGGUGUGUGGAGUAAGACAAAAAUGUGCAGAGCAAGGGGUGCCCAGGGCUCAUUUUCGGAAUCACUGCACCAAAGAAUGUAAUUUCUUUUGGAAUGAUGGUAACAACAGUGUAAAUGGCAUUUUUAUGUUUGUCGUCACCUGUACUUUUUAUCACUUCCCU